CGGCAGCAGAUGGUGGACACGGCCCGAGGUUUCGGCGGGGAGAGCGAAGGGAUGCGCCCAGCGCGCAGCGCCCGCCUGUAGCUCCGCGCCCGCUCCGCUCCCCCCAUGAGCCGCCCCGCGUCCCUGCUGCCGGCCGCCCGCUGCCGCAGCGCCCCGGCCAAGCGCCUGCAGCCCCUGCACGACGGCCCCGCCGAGGAAGCGCCGGCCGCCAAGUGCCCUCGGCUCGCCGAAUGCGGCCCCCCGGACUGCCUGAGCGCUCCCGGCUCGCCGUGUGCCCCCGCUUCUCCCGCCGGCGGCGGCGGCGCGGCGGGUCCCAGCCUGAUCGCCUCGUACCUGCUGCUGCCGCUGGCCGAGCGGGAGCAGGUGUCCCGGGCGCUGAGCGUCAGCUCGGGCCGGGAGCUGCGCUGCAAGGUGUUCCCCCUCAAACACUACCAGGACAAGAUCCGACCUUACAUUCAGCUGCCGUCACACAGAAACAUCACCGGGGUUGUGGAAGUCAUUCUCGGGGACACCAAGGCCUAUGUGUUCUUUGAAAAGGACUUUGGGGACAUGCACUCCUACGUGAGGAGCUGCAAGAGGCUGAGGGAAGAGGAGGCUGCCCGGCUGUUCAAGCAGAUUGUCUCCGCUGUAGCUCACUGCCACCAGUCAGCCAUCGUACUUGGUGACCUCAAGCUCAGGAAAUUUGUCUUCUCUAAUGAAGAAAGGACUCAGCUGCGUCUGGAGAGCCUGGAAGACACACACAUCAUCAAGGGUGAAGACGAUGCACUCUCAGACAAGCACGGCUGCCCGGCAUACGUCAGCCCUGAGAUCCUAAACACGACGGGGACUUACUCUGGAAAAUCGGCCGAUGUGUGGAGUUUGGGAGUGAUGCUUUAUACCCUGCUGGUGGGACGCUAUCCCUUCCAUGACUCGGACCCUAGCACUCUGUUUUCCAAAAUCCGGCGUGGACAGUUCUGUAUUCCUGACCACGUCUCCCCCAAAGCCCGCUGCCUCAUCCGCAGCCUCCUGCGGCGGGAGCCUUCCGAAAGACUCACUGCUCCAGAGAUCUUGCUUCACCCUUGGUUUGAGGCAGUCAUGGAGCCUGGAUAUACAGACCAGGAGACGGGAGCUUCAGAUCAGAUUGUCCCAGAAUAUCAUGGAGACAGUGAUGAUAUCAGUUCCUUCUUCUGCUAACCCCGAAAUCUCAAAAACCUCGUCGGUUCUUACCUCCGGCAUCUUUGUAGGGUUUCAUUUUCCCAGUUCUGCAAACUCAACUGCAUCUUAAAGUGCCAGUAUGGUCAGAAAAGUGACCUUGUCUAAAUGAAUGCCACCCUGGA